UAUUUAAUACCUUUUAUUGAUUUAGCUAACCAAAAUUUUAAUGAUAAUUAGUAAUAGUCGAAUAGCACGGCUUUUUCGUGAAGUAAUAAUAAGAUUCUAAAAAUACUUUUUUUUCGGACUGUAGAGAUGUUCUCAUAUUUAUCCUGAAAACAGCGUUUAUAUAUUACGGGUUACUGAAAUAUCACCAUUAAUGAAUUACAUUACAAUACGUGUGCAUUGACACAGCCACUGCCAUUUUUUUCCUUUCCCAUGUGGGUCUGGUGUGAAGAUGAUUUGGAGAACUUAGUUAAAUUUUGAAGGUCUAUUGCAUUAGGUUAGCUACAUUAAAAUUACUUGAAAACUUUGUGGACGGUUGGUUGGAUUAGUAUAGUUACAUAAAAAUUUAUUGGAUUAGAAUAGCUACAUAAAAAAGUACUGUGAAAUCAUGCAAAUGGAUGGUUAGGUCAGGAUAGCUACAUCUUAAAUUGGUAAUUCCUUAGCAGCCAUUAAAAAUAUUUUGCAGUAAUUUUAAUGUUGUUAUACUAACCUAACAAACUAUCCACAAUGUUUUUAAGUAUUUUGGUAAAUCUGUAUUGUACGGAUUAGCGCCAAAAAAAUCGUAAAAAUAUGAAAUAACUUUCAUUAUAUGCUAUCUUACGUCAUCUUUUCAGAACCGCCUGCGGAGAUUAAAAAUUCCAAUUACUUUUGGAGAUAUCGAAUUUUUUAAUAUUCAUUUUUUGGCGAUUUUUUUAAAAAUGUUUUUAAAAAAUCCGAAAAUACCUUUAUUCUGUGCUCUUUAACUUCCUCUUUUCAUUAAACCCGGCGGAGAUCAGAAAUUCCAAAUACUUUAGGAGAUAUGGAAUUUUUUAAUUUUCGUGAUGUGCACUGAUGCGGAGUUCAGCGGGAAGCCUACGAUUCACACAUCCUUCUGGACAUACCCGAAUACUCACGUUGGCAAGACUUCUUUUCUUAAAAUUAGCAAGAAGUAAUUAAAAAUACUUUAAAACACUGUGGAUGGUUGGUUAUAUUAGGUAAGUAUAGCUACAUUAAAAAAACUGUAAAAUCAUUUUAUGGUUGCUUAGCAAAUAACUUUUUAAUAUGUAGCUAUCCAGCGCUAGGAAACCGUUAACAUGAUUUCACAGUAUUUUUAAUGUAGCUAUCCUAACCAAAUCAACCAUCCACAAUGUUUUCAAGUAUUUAUAAUAUAGCUAACAAUACCUAAUUGACCAUUAGUUUUCAUGAGUUGCAUAUUUAUUUACAAUAAACAAAAAAAAAAAAAACCGAAGAUGCACGAUCGGGCGUUCGCCUCUCGUCUGUUGAAAGAAGGCUUGCCAACGUGAGUAUUCGGGUAUGUCCAGAAGGAUGAGUGAAUCGUAGGCUUCCCGCGUUCCCAUUGUUGCUUGUUUACAAGUAUGAUUUUUUUUUUUUUCGCGACGUAGUUGAACGACUACAUCACGUAAAAAGAAAAUUACGUGAGUUCCUACUGUUCAUCCUUUUUCCCGGUUUGUUAGGUCAGGUCAGCUACAUUAUAAAUACUUUAAAACUAAACAACCAUUAAAAUUAAUUUUUAUUAUUUUUAAUGUCCGUUCAGUUUCAAAGUAUUUAUACUGUAGCUGACCUGACCUAAUCUACCUUUGUCCCGUUUAGUUAGGUCAGGUCAGUUACAUUAUAAAUACUUAAAACUAUACAAGUAACAUUAAUUGAUAUUAUUUUUAAUUUCCGUUUAUUUUGAAGUAUUUAUCAUGUAACUAACCUUACCUAAUGGAAAAUUUCUGUUAUUUAUGCAUUCACGCACACACGGCAAAAUAUAAAAUGGCGCCUGUUGAAUGAUUACAUAGGGCUUGUAUUGCAAAAUAAGAACGGCGAUAUCUCCAAAAGUAAUUGGAAUUUUUAAUCUCCGCAGGCGGUUUUGAAAAGAGGACAUAAAAGAGCAUAUAAUGAAAUUUAUUUCAUAUUUGUACGAUUUUUUUUGGCGCUAAUCCGUACAAUACAGAUUUACCAGUAUUUUUAAUGUAGCUAACCUUUACGUAAUUGACCAUUCUCAUGACUCAACUCAAGUUCUCCAAAUCACAUACAGAGACCAACAUGAGAAAGCAAAAAAUGGCGGCGACCGUGUCGAUGCAAACACAUUGUAAGAACAUGAGAAGUAGACGCAAUAUUCCUGUACCAUUACAGCAGCUGUUAAAUGCUGAUGCAUAUUUGACUGAAAAGUUCUGCAACUUAUCUAAUAAUUUCCUUCCACUCCAUUCUUUACGGGUUCAUUACAAAAUCUUGGAGAUUACCUGCCAUGGCAUUCCUUGGCUGUGCCUGUGGAUGGUCUUCAUCUGGUGGUUCGAUAACCCUCGGUUAUAUCAAAUGCAGGUGAACUUCUUUAUUGGUUUGUGGCUGGACAUUGCCCUCGUCGCCGUCAUAAAGGCAGUGACGAGGCGCCGUCGGCCCGCGGCCAAUCGCGGGGACAUGUUUGCGACGAUGGGUCCGGACAAGUUUUCCUUCCCGUCGGGCCACGCCUCUAGGGCCGCGUUCGUCGCCUACUUCCUCUUGCAGCUGUGGCCCGUGCCGGUGUGGGUGGCCAUGCCGGUGCUGGCGUGGGCGACCUGCGUGUGUCUGACGCGCGUCUUGCUGCGUAGGCAUCACCUGCUGGACGUGGGCGCGGGCAUCGGCCUGGGCAUCCUCGAGGGCAUGUUCGUCGGCUGGCUCUGGCUGUCGCACGAGGUGUCGGCGUGGCUCAUAUCCUGGCUGUCGGACGAAAAAUUAGAUGGUGGCAGUUACCAUGUUUAAGGCAUUGUAUAAUACAAGUACUGAGUAUUUAUUGCCAGUAUUUUGUUUAACAUUCUAAUAGACUGAUAAAUCAGGGUGGCUAACAACAGGUAAAGCUGGGAAAAUCCAGAGUAUUUUCAGCAACAGGGAAAAUCAGAACAUUUCUUAGGUAGGUAAUCAGGAAUUUUUUUUAAUGAUAUUACUGAAAAAAAAUUAAUUUAUAGUAGAGUCUUAUUUUGAUUUGAACCAUUUCCCCUACUCAUCUUUGUGUUUUCCAACCCGUAUCGAAGUGUUGCAAAAAGUUUUUUUCUCGUUUCUUUUUUGCUUAUAAUUAUAUCAACACUUCGACCACACGCAUCGACUUUAGCACUUUUAAUAGUAGUGCAAUAAAAUAAUUUGUAGUGGGCUGUUGCAGUAGUGAAGUGUGGUAUGCCUACGAGUCGUGAUUUUGAAUUUGGCUUUUUGAAUAUUAUUGGUGAUUAAUUAAUUUUUAGUGGUCGGAGAUAAUUUUUUUCCUAAUCUGUUUAAGUCAGGGAAAAGUGGAAUUUUUUUGAUCACGAGUUUGUUAGUCACUCUGUAAAUAAUUACACUAAAAGCCUAAUAUAAUAUAGCCUCAGUAUAAUAACACGAAGCAUUUCAUCUCAAUUUUCCACUUUGAAAAUUCUGUAUGGUUAAGAAUAAGUGUAUUCAGCACUGGUAAAGCCCCCAAAGAUGGUUUCAACUACACUGAAAAGGUAGUGCCUGUUUUUGUUUAUUUUUCCACCUCUGCUUUAGUAACACAACUGAUGAUAGUAAUUGCAUGUAUAUCAGGUGUCAUUACAAGUGUAAGAUUUUAAAAACCAGGUGAAUCAAUGAAAAUUUCCAAAAAUGGGAUAAAACAUUUGUUAAUGUAGUAUUAAUAGAAGUAGUUUUUUCUGUUAGUAAAACCAAUAUGAAACUAUAAAUUACUGAAUGUGUGUGAUUGUAAAUGUGCAGUUAAAAAACAAAAUGCAGCAUUAUAUUUGAAUAGCAUUGUAGCAUGUCCAAGCUGGCAUGAGGCUCACUUCAUAAAACCUGAUUUGCAUGCCUUGUCCCUUACCGACUGAAGCCACAUCUUUCUGCUGAUGUGACGUACAAAAUAUGACUAAAUCUACUACCUACUUAUGGUGGCAUGCUGGAAGUUGACUCAACAUGUUUUGUUCAGCACCAACCACAAUGUUUAUUCGAACAGAUAAAUGAAAUCAUAAACCACUACAUUAUAAAUUACACAUGUAAACCUAUGUCAGUGACAUCAUUAUCACAAGUAUCAACUGGAGGAGCAGUUUUAAGGAACAUUUUGUAAAAAAAUAAGUUUUUCCUGUGAUGGCCAGUUGACCCUGAAUUUUUCGUUAGCAGGGAAGUGAUAUUCUUUGCUUCUGGUUUUAUGUGAUUACAUAAAGGAUUUAUAUGUAACUUAGUACCAUCCCUUUUCCCUCUUUCAACAGUGAUAUGUAUGUUUCGUUCAAGUCAAUUUUAUAAGUUUGACUUUUCACUUUGCACAGUAAGUUGUCAUUGGUAUGAAAUUUUCUAAUUUAAAUUCUCAUCAUCUCGCUGAUGCCAGAUAGUUUCUUAUAAACAUCAAACAAUUGUUUAAUAUCAUAGAGCUUCCCAAAAUCCUUAACCCUCACCUACUUCUGAAUAUAGUUGGUGGUACUCCUCUUUAGAAAAAAUCAAAGCUUAUCUUCUGAAGAAUUUUUCAACUCUGUCAAACACCCUAUUGGCUGGCAGAAAGCUGUGGCUCCAAACUGGAAACACUAAUAGUAUGCCCUUCACAUUCACUGGUGCUAAAUUUUUAAGCCAAUACAUUAAUGUGUGUACAACAUGGGAAUUUCAAUUUUGUGCUCCACAUCCAUCACAAAAUAAGCAAACAGUUUCAAUCCCUUACAAAUUAGGACUGGUCAAAUUAUUUAACACUGCUGAUUCUACUUCUCUUGCCCCACAUCUAGCCAAAUCUUCCGUCCACGUAUAAAAAGUUGGAUUUUUUGAAUCCAUCCAACAACAUACAAAACAUUGAACCCCUGGCGUGCAAAGAAUGCUUCUUUGAAUAGGUGUUUCUAGCAGAGAUUGUACUUGCUGCAUAUCAAAACACAGUGUCAAAACUAUAAAAUGCAUUAUACCAUAGUUUGUGAAUUCUUUUUCCAAUUAUCAAAGCCUGUUUCUUUUGGGGAUCUUUGCAUUAAGUAUAUCAUUUUGUAAUCAUAAGCAGCAAGUGCAUACAUCUGACGGUGGGGAUCUGAAGUCAAUGUUGAAGUCAUUGCAAAAUAUGUUUCGGAGGAACAUAGCACAUAGCUUUUUUUUUUUUUUGGAGUGGUUUUUAAACUGAAUUGUUAUACAUUUUGUGCAAUUAGUUUAUGUUCGCAUCUCGUGGCAGGUAUAUUUGACUGGAUUUUGUUAUUUUGUAGUGACUAUGUAUCUUUUAGACUUCCUAUGUAUUUCCUUACAUGUCAUAAUAUAAUCUUCCUACGAAAGAGUAAAUCAAAUAUGGCCUACCACAACUUCAUUUAGAGCAUGUUCUUUAAGUUAUGUAUCCGAUAAGUGGGACAUAUUGAGAUUUUCACAAAAAAAAACAUACUUUACACUUGUAAUUGGCUUGGGUAUGUUGGGUUUUAUAUCAUCGUAAGAUGGUAGUGUUCUUCGCCUCAGAAAAAGGGUCCCAAAACAUGUGAAACAUACAUUUUUAUUGGUGACUGACAUGUCAAGUUUUGCACGAAAGCUCCUCAUUUAUCCACAGAGAUGUCACCAUUUUUAUGCUGAUUUUUAUUUUUAGUAAAUGUAGUGCCAUCCUUAGUGAGUUUUUUGUAUUGAUGUGCCAUAGCUUUAAUACAGUAAUUUAAACUCAAGUAAAAAUUACAACAAGAACUAAGCACCAGUUCUUAUAAAACCUAAAAUUCUUUAAAAAAAAAAAAAAAAAAUUCUAUGUGGGUUUUUUAAGAACCAACUAUAUUGACAACUUAAGAUUUAUGCAAGUCAUUCACUUAUAUGUGGAUAAGUUGUAAAUAUCUACAUGCUCUAAUAGCUGCAUUAUAUUGGGCUUCUAAUGUUGAAUUCUUGAAUACUAAUUGACUUUUUUGUGCUGUGAUCAAGACUAAUAUAUCACUAAAAAGUUAAAACUAUUUUAAGAUUUUUUCUGUCUUUAGUGUUAAUUAAUUUUUUUUCCUUACCAACUGGAGAGUUUAAUUUUUUUGUUUCCAUUGAUUUUUUGUACAAUGAAUUUCAAGGAGAUAUAUCAGUUUGAAUGAUGAUUGCCUUCAGAUAAUUUUCAAGCUGAGAAGGAUUUGUAUGUAAAUCCCAGAACCAAAGAUAGGGCUUUAACUUUUUGUUAGUUUUUGUCUAGGUAAAUUUAUGUAGGCCUACUGUGCUGGUCUCACAUUACGAAUUACCUUUGUUUUCAGGAACAAAUGUAAUGAUUUUAAAUCAGCUUUAGUUAGACAAUUAUUAAGAGAGUUUCAACAUUUUUCACUUUCUCAUGGAUGCACUUUUGUUGUGUUUGUGUGUUCUAGAGUACAGUGCCUUUAUAUAAAUUUACUAAAUUAUGAGGUGGUUUAGUACAUAGCUUCCAUAUUUUUAUUAUGUAAGUUUCAUGGUCAAAUAAAGCUAUUGUAUAGUUGUGAAA